AUGGAAUUUUCGCUUCCAAGUGAUUUCAAGACCGUCGCCCCCUUCAAUAAAUCCGGGUGGAAACCAUCUAGUCACCGUCGUCCACCUGAAGGAAGAUGCUGGCAACCUUACGAUGCUCGCGUCCUAGGCAUCACCCGUCAAAACGUGCUAAUCACUUCACCCAAUGCUUCCUAUAUUCCUCCCUAUCGACCCAACCCCGACCCUCUUCGUGCAAGAGCUGACGGUAACUUCGGCCUGGAUGACCCCUUCCUCCUUCCCACUAUGCACUGCGUCGAUCUCCCUUGGGCUGCCCUCUACCCCAGUCGUGCCUACUGGGACGGGUUUGAAUUGACGGGGCUAUGGUGGACGCCCACUGAAGAUGACAUCGAAGCUGUCCCUCGCAACGGUGUCAAAGUGGGACCGUUGAAAGCCACAUCUAUGGCACGACUCGAGGAGCUCUUCCGCGGCACUAUGCGCGACAAGCGUGAUAGACUUCGAGCUCGGCUGCUUUCCCUGACUGGUCCCGACGCACCGCGGAACAAGCAGUGGGUUGAUGGUGUCUGGGGUCGGCUGGAAGCGACCUUGGAUAACUUACGGUUCACAUCUGGCGACCUGAGCGAUAGAAUACGUCGCCUGGGUGACUUUCGACGCGGGUGCAUGGACUUGUGGGCCUACGCCGAGUACCGUCUGCGCGUGGCUUCUGCAGGACGAUUGGGCAAUGGCCCCUGUGAAGGCGCGGAGAUCAUAGAUGGGAUCAUACGUGCCUCCCCGCGCUACGUAGGUGCAUAUACCACUCAUCCAAAUGUCCUCAGAGGCCUGUACGAGGCUGGCGUCCCUGUUUGGUUCCCGCGUUCGCCUGACUCCCUCACCCCGGAAACCCAUCAACUCCAAUUGGUCGAGAUCGAUUCAGCCGACUGGAUCGUGGAGGAUCCUCCCUCAAUCCAAGGUGAAAGGACCCCCUUCCCCCUCAUCGUCGACUGGCCAUUGCACCCCUGCAGACUAUGGAUGGCCCGCUAUGGCUAUGGCUUCUCUUCGGAACACAGUACCAUCCCUUUCGACGGCCGGGUCCCAUGCCCGGAAACGCGCAGUAACGGAACUCAGGCCGGGCCCUCUCGCUUUGUCCAUCCAGGUCGACAGACGAGGAAGCCUUAUGAUCGUGCCUCAAAAAGCAAGGGCAAUGACAGGAAUAAGAAGGCGACACCUGCUGAGAACAGGGCCAAAGCGUUCAAGGUCGAGGAUAUCGACAGCCCAGCCUUCUCAGGCAUGUUUACUCUCUGGGAACGCGCCCUGAACGCAGCCAAGAGAAGCACCCUUCCUCCUGACACGCUGCGAGAAGGUAUGGACGGUUAUCGGUUCCCCAAUCCGGCCUGGUUCGUCGGCACUGCUCUCAAGGAGAAGUACUUGAAGAACUGGCUCAUCAUGCGGCCGCUGUGGAUCGAGUACAUCCACCAAGCGAUGUUCAACCCGUCUCUCGAUGCCAUCGGCACUGGGAGUGUUCAUGUUCUCCCGGGUGCGCAGGGCACCUCUCACGCACAGACGGUGGCACCUGCUGCUCUGCCGAAUGUGCUGGCGGUCCCCAACUCGCAAGGGUGGAGAGAUAUGCUCGGAGGGCAGCUUUUCAGGUUCGACCCCGACCGUGCUCACACAGUUACGUCGGUUCAAUGUGUCGCAGCGUUAGCUUGUUUCGCCCCUGUCUGGAAACGACUGCAAGCCCUCCUUGCCGCUGCUGAGGCUUCGGGCGCGGUUCAUUUCCGGGGUAUACGCCUUCCGUUGAACGUUCUGGACAAAGAACUUGUCCUGAAGUGGGUUAUAUGGGAUCUGCACGACAUCAGCUUGGCCCCCGACUUUGUCGGCCUCGAUAGGGCCAUGGUCCCUGAAGCCUGGGCUUCCGGGUAUGAAGCCCGCAAGCAGGCCUGUAUCGCAGCAUUCCCCUACACGCUUCCCGUGGUUAACGCAGAGCCGGAUACCGAGUAUUCUCACUGGGGGGCCCCUCGACACGGUCAAGAGCUCAUCACGGAAAACCUUCGCGCGCUCGUGUCUCGAUGGCCGUGUGCAUCGUCCAAGCUGGGAAUUCCGUUGAACCACGACGAGCUCACUGGUCGUUCGCCGCAUGGAGUCGCCCAACUCGACUCUGAAAUGACAGAGCUCUAUGCAGUAUGGUUCCGAAAGAGGUACAAUCGCGCGCCCAUCCUACCUCACGUCAAGCCAAACGACCGUUGGAUUUCCGAGCUCGGUCAAGCGGCCCCGCAGUCUACGCAGACCACUGAGGCUGACACUGAUCAGCUCAUGGCGGAUGCGAUCGACGCAGAAGCUCCCGUCUAUCAAUCUGCCAUGGGUCCGGAGCACCCAGCGGAGCAUGUCGUGGACGUGGACCAUCGGCCCACUGCGGGCCCAGAGCUCGCAGUAGACCUCGUUGUCGAGCACGCCCCCGAGAACAACGCUGAGCAUGCUACGGGGCACGCUAUCGACGUCGACCACCAGCCUGCCGCGGGUCUGGAGCACGAAGGGGAGCACGCUGUCGAUGAGUCGGAUGGAGAGACAGAAGUGUCUCUUGAAUAG